AUGCUGGGUGCUCUGGCGUUCAGCUUCCUUGUGGUUCUGCUGCCCUGUGUUUGCCCACAAGGAUUGUUCCUGCUCACACAGCCCGAGGAUAACAAAACUCUGAAUCAGUACGAAGCUUUUGGAGUCAAAGUUGAAAAGGAGGAACAUUAUGUUCACUCAGGCACUGAUGUCACACUGAGCUGCAGCAUCUCCAGACUCCCAGAUGGCGUCAGUCUUCAGUGGAAACACAGAGAGUCCACACAGCACAACAGCGGGAACAGCACAGAGCAGCUCCUGAUCAACAAUACACUGUAUCUGAUAGUCAGACACGUUAGAGGGGACGGCAAACAGAAAUAUAUGUGUGAAGUGCAGGACAAUGGCUCCACUGUUCUCGCGGCUGACAUGGAUUUUGAGGUCAACACAUAUGAAUUUGAUAGAUAUACAAUUUAUCGGUCAAACACAAAUCACAGUGAACUGCACCUAAUUUGCAAAUAUAAUUAUCCUGGAUAUAAAUUUACCUGGAAGUGGAAACCAGUUCAUUCUUAUGAUCCAGAAACACAAAUAGCUUCUGGUUAUAAAGAUCAGAAUAUAAACAUAAUCAGGACACACUUUGGAGAGAGAUUGAGACCAGCUACUACGCUCUUCAAUGGUAAAGACUUUACGAUGCACAUUGUCCCGGUGAUGUUUGAAGAUGCAGGAACCUACACGUGCGUUGCUGGUACACGUUCGUAUGCGACUGUGAAGCUAAUAACAGUGAAAGUCACAGUUGACACAGGGACUGGCGGAGCGAGUACUAACCUGAUCUGCUCGGUCUCUGAAGUCACUGAGACAGUCAGACUGGUCUGGAUGGGAAAUGACAGCAAAACAUUCAUUACAGAAAAAACACUGAAGGCAGAGAGUCAGGAAGAGAAAUCAUUGAGCCUGAGUGUUCAGGGAGCUGAUGGGGGGACCUGGACAUGUGUUCUGUUUCAUCAAAACAGCCCCAGGGUCGCAAUCCCCUAUUAUCUGGAGCCCAGUGGAAGUACAAAUCGUACUUAUUUUUUAGAUCGAAAAGGCAACUUCAAGUUGAUUGGAUCAGACGUCCAGGGAAACGGACCAGUCAUGUGGAGAUGGAAACCUCAUUCUGAGGAAAGCACUGACAAAACCCUGAUGACUUUCACUCAAAAGAAUCAGCAGUGGGAACUAAGCCGGAGCAAUACAUACGACGAUGUGUGUUACUUAGAGAUACAACAGGAAAGCAAUACCUUUAAUGUGCAAGUUACAAAUCUUAGAUAUGAAUGUGCGGGAUGGUUCCUGCUCACACAGCCCGAGAACAAUAAAACUCUGAAUCAGUACGAAGCUGUUGGAGUCAAAGUUGAAAGGAACAGAUAUCCUGUUUACUCAGACAAUGAUGUCACCUGAGCUGCAGCAUCUCCAGACUCCCAGAUGGCGUCAGUCUUCAGUGGAAACACAGAGAGUCCACACAGCACAACAGCGGGAACAGCACAGAGCAGCUCCUGAUGAACAACACACUGUAUCUGAUAGUCAGACACGUUAGAGGGGACGGCAAACAGAAAUAUAUGUGUGAAGUGCAGGACAAUGGCUCCACUGUUCUCACGGCUGACAUGGAUUUUGAGGUCUACACAUAUAGUUAUGUUAGAUCUACAAUUUAUCGGUCAAACACAAAUCACAGUGAACUGCACCUAAUUUGCAAAUUUAGUCAAACUGGAAAUCAAUUUACCUGGAGGUGGAAACCAGUUUAUUCUGAUUAUCCAGAAAUACAAAUAGCUUCUGUUCAUAAAGAUCAGAAUAUAAAAUAAACAGGACGCACUUUGGGGAGAGAUUGAGACCAGCUACUACGCUCUUCAAUGGUAAAGACUUUACGAUGCACAUUGUCCCGGUGAUGUUUGAAGAUGCAGGAACCUACACGUGCUUUGUUGGUACACUUUCGUAUGCGACUGUGAAGCUAAUAACAGUGAA